AUGAUGCUAGUUCUUGCGGUGGAAGAGGCCGAACUGGCCGCUUUAGAGGCCAUACAGGAUGUCGUUGUAGGAGCGGUGGAAGAGGAGGAAGGAGCGGUGGAAGAGGAGAUAGGAGUGGUGGUGGACGAGGUGGAGAUGGAGAUUGAGGUUCAACGCAUGGAAGAGGUGGAGGAGGAGGCAGCAUGGGAAGAGGACGAGGAGGAGGAGUGGCACCUACAUUGGAGCGCAGAGGACGACACCGAGGAGGAGAGGGAAGAGGAGCCGAGGGGAGAUUAUGGAGCAGAGGAAGGGGUGGCGAGGGAGGACGAGGAGGAGGAGUGGCACCUCCACUGGAGUGCUUCGGAGGACACUGAGGAGGAGGAGAGGGAAGAGGAGGAGCCGAGGGCAGAGGAAGGGGUGGCGAGGGAGGACGAGGAGGAGGAGUGGCACCUCCAUUGGAGGGAGUCUCCAGCCAUUUCAUGUGAAGAUGGUGCAGAAGGGAAUCUGUGUUUGGAGCCAUCAACUGUUCUCCUGGAUCCUGCUUGUCACUUGAUCUGUGAUGACCCAAACAUCAGGUUUCGACACUGGAUGGAUGAGAAGCAGAUUUCAUUGGAUCAUGGUGGGGGUCUCCUGCCAUUUCAUGUGAAGAUGGUGUAG